UAUUAACUCUAUUGAGCGCAGGAAAGGAAGUUCAAACCUUACAAUUGGUUGGUUCUUCCUUCCUCCAACCUCAUCCAUCGGCCUCCUCUCAAGAGUGUAGGCUCAUUCUUUUCUCUCUCUGUGUCAUCUCUAGUUAGCUUUUCCAUCUUUGAUUAGAAAUGAUGCCGCCGACCGUCUUCGCCUUCGCAUUAUUUGCUCUCACAUUCAUCGGCUCGCAGGCAAAUGCAGCAACCGUGGAGCACACUUUCCAUAUAAGGAACCUGACCGUAAGCCGCAUGUGCAAGGAGAAAGUGAUCCUCGCGGUGAACGACCAAUAUCCGGGGCCGGCAAUACAAGUCACCGAGGGCGAUUCCGUUGUAGUUCACGUCAUCAAUGAAUCGCCGUUCGACAUGACGAUUCACUGGCACGGAGUAUUUCAGCUGGGAAGUGCUUGGGCUGAUGGGGCGAAUAUGGUAACGCAGUGUCCGAUACGGCCUGGAAAACGGUUAACCUACAGAUUCAAUGUGACGGGCCAAGAGGGCACACUGUGGUGGCACGCUCAUGUCUCCUACCACCGGGUGACCGUCCAUGGACCUCUCAUCAUCAGACCCAAGGGGGGCACUGAAGCACUCCCCUUCCCCAAACCCGACGACGAAGUCACCAUCGUCCUCGGAGAGUGGUGGAGCGCGAAUGUGGUCAAGGCGGAAGAAGAGGUUAUGAGGAGCAUCUUCUCCACCAUUUCUGAUGCAUUUACCAUAAAUGGAUACCCCGGAGACCUCUACAAUUGUUCUGAGAACUAUAAGCUGGAAGUGGAAUAUGGAAAGACUUACUUGCUUCGCAUCAUCAAUGCCGCUCUCGAUAACCAGUUCUUCUACAAGGUGGCCGGCCACACUUUCACAGUGGUCGGCGUGGAUGCGACCUAUACCAAGCCCUACAAAACAGAUGUGAUCGUCAUCGCACUGGGCCAAACUGUCGAUGCCAUCAUGGUCGCAGAUUCUACCCCCGCUCGCUACUACAUGGCCGCUAGCCCGUAUGCAACCGAAGAUCCUCAGCCGCCAUACUUAGAGAACACCACUACGAGGGGUAUACUUCAGUACAAAUCCGCAUCGCUGUCGUCGAGUCCCGUGAUGCCUUCUUUGCCCUCCUUACAUCACACGCCCACUGCCCACCGUUUCUACACCAGCUUAACCAGCCUCCUCUUGCCGGGGCAGCCUACCGUCCCUCUCCAUGUUGACGAGCGCAUGUUCAUCACCAUUGGCGUAGGCACCCUUUGCAAAGGCGGCGAGGAAUGGUGCGAACUAAUUGCUGAUCGCUUGGUCGUUACAAGCAUGAAUAAUGUCUCAUUCCGGUUGCCGAAGCAAGGUGUCAAUGCAGGAGCACACUUUAAGAGAGUGGUGGCUUAUGCAUUGUCAACAUGA